AUGUCCAUUCUCCAGAACGAACCUCCCUCGAGAGCGCGUCCGACACCUGCCGUCAACCAGAGCGAACCUCCUUCGCAAGCCAACAGCAACUUGACGCCGACUCUUACGGGCAGCACGCCGCGAAACGGCUCCUUCGACCAAACUUGCGAUCACAUGGCAAACGAACGCUCACCGCUGCUUCGCCCUGGCCCGGACGACGAUGACCUGGGCGACGGGAAUACCGUCCUCGGCGACAGCGACGACUCGCAGCAGACCAAGAGUGUUUGGUAUCUUAUACUUCUGACGAUCAGCAUCGGAGGCCUACAGAUUGCCUGGUCCGUCGAACUGUCCAAUGGCUCGCCCUACUUGCUGUCGCUCGGUCUGAGCAAGUCCUUGAUGGCCUUGGUCUGGAUUGCUGGACCUCUCACCGGCACCCUGGUGCAGCCCUAUGUUGGCAUGCUCAGCGACAACUGCCGCGUUCCCUGGGGCAAGCGCAAAGCCCUUCAUGGAUUUGGCAACAUUAUUGGAUACUGCGCUGGAUAUGUCAACCUGCCUCCACGCCUCUGGUUCCUCGGCGACUCGCAGUUCAAGAUUCUCUGUGCCAUCGCAAGCAUUGCGCUGGCAGCCACCGUCGCCCUGAGCACCGUUUUGAUCAAGGAACGGGAUCCCCGACUGGAUGGACCCCCCGCCAAGACCGAUUCAGGACUCUUGUCCUUCUUCGCCAAGAUCUUCACCUCCAUCAAACGACUGCCACCGCAGGUCAAGAAGGUUUGCCAGGUUCAGUUUUGUGCCUGGAUCGGCUUCUUUCCCUUGCUCUUCUAUACGUCUUCGUACAUUGGCGAGAUCUAUGUGGAGCCCUACUUGCAGGCUAACCCGCACAUGUCGCCUGAAGAACUUGACGAGCUGUAUGAACAAGCAACGCAAGUCGGCACUUUUGCGCUUUUGAUCAAUUCAGUCGUCAGUCUUCUGACAAACGUUUUUCUCCCCUUCCUCAUUGCCCCGACAUACGACAGCCACCCGGUGGUUGGUGACGUACCUGGGGAAUCGGACAUGGGACCGAAGUACUACGACGACGAUAGCCCGCCGUGGCUCGACCGCCUUCAAAUCCCCGGGUUCACUCUGAAGAGGGCAUGGUUUGGGUCGUUGGUCCUGUUUGCUGGGGCCAUGUUCUGCACCGUCAUCGUCAGGACGGUCGAGGCUGCCACAGCUCUGAUCGGCUUGGUGGGUAUCACCUGGGCCAUGACGCUCUGGGCUCCCUGGGCCAUCAUCAGCGCGGAGAUCAGUCGACGAGAUGCGAUGGUCCGCGCCACGAAGCAGCGUCGCCCGAGCAAUGAACGUUCAGCUCACGGCAGCAGCAGCGAGAGUGUCUCAACCGACGUGCAUGCGAGGGGAGAUCGACACCCGAUCCAAAGCAUCCAAAGCGACGAUGAAGAGAUGGACCAGGCGGGCGUCAUCCUUGGUAUUCACAACAUGGCCAUCGCGGCACCGCAGAUCAUUGCUACCAUUGGUUCGAGCAUCAUCUUCCGGAUCUGGCAGAAGCCAAGGGGAACACCGGGCGAUCACUCCAUCUCCGUCGUCCUGGCACUAGGUGGCAUUGCGGUUCUCGUCUCGUCCUUCUUCGUGGCGAGCAUCCACGAGAACACAUCCAUGCCGCUGGACGCCACGGUAGCAGCUGAGGAGGGAGAUGGAGAAGGGAGCCGGCCCAUGACAGCUCGAAGCCGCAGUUACGGACAUUUGCCCCGUGCCACCCUGCAGAGGGCGACUCUGACCAGGAAUAAGAGUUUUGGUGGAUUGGAGUACUAA